CCACUUCCGUCCGGCCGCGUGGAGGGAGGGGGUUGUGCACCAACGGCUGUAACGGCUGUAACGUUCCAACCGUAACGGUAACAGCCCCCGCGCGCCGCCUGCCAUGACGCGCUGGGCCCGCAAGGCCGUCGCCGCCGAGGGGGGCAAGGCGCUGCCGGCCACCCCCUGGGAGGAGAUGGCGGCGGCGCCCCGCGGCGCAGUGGUGGCGGUGCCGGCGAGGAAGAGGAGGAGGAAGGAGUACGCGGACCGCGACGUCAACGGGUUCGCUGCCCACCUCAGGAAGGCGGCGGGCGGCGGGGCGGCGGAGGGUGAGGAGCAGCAGCAGCAGCAGCAGCAGGAGGACGAGGAGGAGGCGGCCGCGGCUGUGAGGAAGGCUCUGCGGCGGGAGGGCCGGCGGCUGAGGCGGCAGGAGGCGAGGAGGAACGCCAUGGUAUGUUUCCACUGUAGGGAACCUGGCCACGGUGUUGCUGAUUGCCCAGCGGUGCUUGAAAGUCAAGAUAUGGGUACAGGGAUCUGUUACCGGUGUGGAUCCACAGAACAUGACAUCAGCAAAUGCAAGGCAAAGAUAGAUCCAGCUGCUGGGGCAUUUCCGUAUGCAAAAUGUUUCAUCUGUGGUGAGAUGGGGCAUCUGUCAAGGUCGUGUCCAGAUAAUCCCAAAGGAUUGUAUGCUGAAGGUGGCUGCUGCAAACUCUGUGGUUCUGUGGAGCACUUUAGAAAAGACUGUCCGGAGAACAAGAACUUAGAUCAGAUUACGGUUGGGCGAUGGGCCACUGGAAUGAGUGCUGAUUAUGAAGAAGUUACAGAAACACCAAAGCUGCAAAAACCCAAAGCGAAACUACCUAAGGUUGUUAAUUUCUGAAGGCCUGUGUUGGAUGCUAAGCCACAGAUCCAGCGCACUGCUGCACUUCAGAGUAGCGACUGUGUAGAGUGGACUGAACUGCAAGUUCCAGAAAAUCGAGCGGACUGUUGUUGCUACAGUUGUGUCCCUGAUUUUUUCAGUUUGCCUCCCAGACUCAUCUAGCUUACUGAAAAGCUGGGGACAUCAGAAAUGCAGCAAACGGGUAUUUCAUUUUUAUAUAUUUUUGCAGAAAUACAGCUUUCUGUCUGAUUCACAUUCCCUCCCAUGGCUAGCUCUCCGAAGAGGGAAAUAUGAGGAGAGAAAUUGGUUUCCUCUCAUAGCAUAAAUCUGGUGUAAUAACCGCACAGGGUAUGUGCACUGUAUCACGCAGGUUUAUGACCAGUGGAUCCACCUGGUCAGUAGGGUUAACUCAAGAGUGUUGCUGUUGUUGGGUAUGAAUACAGUUCUGCUGAUCUUGAGAGUUUCUGCACCAACAUGCGAAAGAACUUCUUCUCGGUGAGGGUGACAGAGCACUGGAACAGGCUGCACAGGGAGGUUGUGGGGUCUCCUUCUCUGGAGAUAUUCAAGGCCCGUCUGGACGCCUACCUGGGCAGCCUGCUCUAAGGAGCCUGCUUUGGCAGGGGGGUUGGACCCAAUGAUCUCUUGAGGUCCCUUCCAACCCCUUCAAUUCUGUGAUUUCUCUGAAAGCGAUUGUGUGUAUUUUCUAAACACUCUUGUUGGGUUCUAGCUUGGUUUGCCUUCUAGAAAGAGUGAUUUUGUGCUCUGAAUGUACACACCUGACCUGUCUUACAGCAGAGUUAUCGGGAAAGCCCUACAGAGCUGUGUGAGUCCUGCCUUCUGGCUGGAGAGCUUAGGGGUGCAAUUCCUUUUGUGCGUGGUAGAUCAGCUCAGGGUGUAUGUGCAUUAAUCUGAUGGUUGAUGCAUGUUUAAUUAUUUGAGCACUUCUGCACUAACAAGCUGAAUUAUGCCCUUCCUCUGAUACCCAUCAUGAAAUACACCUGAAAAUAGUUGGAGAGCAAAUGAGCAGCUUCCUUCGUUUGUGUACUUUUUUAGAGUGCUCAGAAAUCUUGUUCUUCAGUAUUUCUGUCCCUUUGGGUUUUAUUCUUAGUUUUAUUUAAACAUGCCUGCUUAAUGGCAGACUUAUUUAUUUUUAAAUGGAGGCUGCAGCCUGCACUUGGAAAACUGGUAUGUGUUACAAAAGUCACUCAAGCCAAUUGAGAAUGGAGUGCCUGCAGCAGCUCUCAAAAUACUCUCCAGAUUCAUCCUGUGCAGUCAAGAGUGAUAGACUUUUACUUGUGUCAAAUUAUCUCAUCUAAGAUGAGAAAUUAACCCCAAGCUCAUCUCACCAUGCUGCUUUUCAUUGUGAAGCAGUGUCCUGUCGCAGCAUUGGCAGGUGCCGUUUGGGAUCUCUGUGCAGUGCUCCUUCCCUGUGUAGGUGUGGGCUCAAGCGCCUGCACCAUUGGGCUUCCUCACGCUGCACUUCUGCAGUGCUGCCCCAGGACAAAUGCGGCACUUCGGUGCUCCACAGGUCUUAAAAGUGCCUUCUAACAACUUCAGCUUGCAUUAUAUCGUGAUCAGCAACAGUCUUUGAGGGAAAGCUAGAUGGUAAUAAAGCUGUUGCUUCUAAAGAAUUAAUUUAACCUUUAAAUAAAUGUCCUAACAGCCCAUACACUGCCCUGUCGAGAAUGUGAAGGUAACAACAAACCUGAGCUCAGAUCUGGGUUUCGAGAUGCUUAGCACCAGGCACUGAAGCUAUGGGUUUGGAAUUUACGUUUAUUAAAGCAAAAACAAAUAACAAAAAAAAAAAAAGAGGAAUUUAAUUGUCUCAAUACAUGUUUUGUAUACGCACUGUUUUUUUUAAAUAAAAUGCUGGUAAAGAAUA